AUGCAAUUCCCCAAAAACAAAAAGCAAAAAAAAAAAGGUUCCGACCAUAUUAUUGGGUGGUCGCCACCGGGAUGCAAACGUACUCCCUCGCGUCAUCCGCCAAUCUACGCUGUCGAACGUUAAUAGGCCCCUCAACGUUGCCUCUCAUUUUUCAGAGUGAAUUUCAGUUAUAUUUAUACUCGGCUGAGUCUUCGUCAAUAUUCACAACACCAUCAGAAGAAACAGAACGAUAAUAACUUCGCCGAGAAAAAAAAAAAAAAUACUUGUAGUUUUGUGCAGAAAUGGCUACGGAAGCUCCCGUUAUUCCUCUUCUUACACCUUACAAGAUGGGCAAUUUCAAUCUAUCCCAUAGAGUUGUUUUAGCUCCACUGACUAGACAGAGAUCUUACAAUAAUGUUCCCCAGCCCCAUGCUAUCUUAUAUUACUCUCAGCGAACUUCCAAAGGGGGUCUUCUGAUUGCUGAAGCUACUGGUGUUUCUGACACUGCUCAAGGGUAUCCUCAAACACCAGGUAUAUGGACAAAAGAACAAGUGGAAGCAUGGAAACCCAUUGUGGAUGCUGUCCAUGCUAAAGGUGGUAUAUUCUUUUGUCAGAUUUGGCAUGUUGGAAGGGUUUCAAAUUCAGGUUACCAACCAAAUGGGCAGGCCCCUAUAUCUUGUACAGACAAGGGACUAGCUCCACAACUUCGGGCUAAUGGCAUUGAUGUUGCACAAUUUACACCACCAAGGAGGCUGGGGACAGAUGAAAUUCCUCACGUCAUUAAUGACUUCAGACUUGCUGCAAGGAAUGCUAUAGAAGCUGGUUUUGAUGGGGUUGAGAUUCAUGGUGCCCAUGGUUACCUUCUUGACCAAUUUAUGAAAGAUCAAGUCAAUGAUCGAAUAGAUGAAUAUGGUGGAUCACUAGAGAAUCGUUGUCGGUUUCCUUUGGAGGUUGUUAAAGCUGUUUCAGACAAGAUAGGACCAGAGCGAGUUGGAAUUAGGUUAUCGCCUUUUGCAAGUUAUGGUGAAUGUGGAGACUCCAAUCCUGAAAAACUCGGCUUAUACAUGGCAAAUGCUCUAAACAAAUAUGGUAUCCUGUAUUGUCACAUGGUAGAGCCAAGAAUGAAGACUGUUGGAGAAAAAUUUGAGACCCCUCAUAAUCUUGUACCAAUGAGAAAGGCAUUCAAUGGCACAUUCAUUGUCGCCGGAGGCUAUGACCGCAAAGAGGGCAACAAUGCUGUGGCUGAGAACCGGGCAGAUCUUGUCGCAUAUGGUCGCUGGUUCUUGUCCAAUCCAGAUUUGCCCAAAAGAUUUGAGCUUGAUGCUCCUCUCAACAAGUAUAAUAGAGACACAUUUUAUGUUCCUGAUCCAGUCGUUGGAUAUGUUGACUAUCCAUUUCUAGAUGGAAGUUCUUAAGCAAGUCUCUAAUUGCUGAAGUGCCUUGUAUUUGAACGUUUCAAUUUCAGUGGAAACUGUUCUUACGUCUACAAAAAUCAUUGGGCAACUAUUAUAUACUUGUUUGUGCCCCACUAUUUCUGUGAUUUGUAGGUGUAGCCACCAAUGGAUAACAAUGUUUCUAAAAUGAUUAUCAAUGCUUAUAAAUUCCUUAA